AUGUUAUAAAUAAAAUUUGAUAAGUGGGUUAAAAUAAGGAUUGGUGAACCUAUAACUGCUUUUGAUGUUGAUAAUAACAUGAUAAUCUUUGGAGCUAUAAGUGGAUAUAUAGGAUAGUACCUUUAUAAUUAAAAUGAAUUGAGAUACAUACCUGAUGUAUUUGAGGAGAUCAUAAGAGGAGUGAGUAAAUAAUUAUAUAAACAAAAGCAAUUGAUUAAGAUAAAGUAUACAUAGUUGUAGGAGAUGUAUAUGGUUACAUUUUUGAUUAUCAAAUGAGAGAGAGUCAUCAAUGGAAAUUUGAAAGACCCCAUUCUCCUCCACUUUGUAGUUCAACCUUAUCUUUAUGUUAUAAAACUAAAACAUUACUCUUAUCUGUUGCACCAACACAGAAUAAAGAUAUUGGAGUGGACAUUUCUACAAAAAAGAAUAGUUUAUAUUUGUUUGAUCUGCAAAAUUAGGAUAGUAAUACUUAUUAUGCAGAUAUGCCAUUAUUAUAAGUUCCAUUUGAUUUUAAGGGAGAUCAAUUAUUAAUGUUGGAGUAUCUGAAAGAAGCAAAAAAGAAAUUGUCAAUAUUAUAUUUGAAUGAUCAACCUUAAAUAAUCAUUUUGUUGGAUAUUGAUCCAAAAAUUGAAUAUAUAUCACAUGGAAGAUUUAUAAAGAAUGGUAUCUUGUUUGUUGAGAAUCACAAGAUUGUUAAAAUCUACAAUCCUAUUGAGAAAUCAUAAAAAGUCAUCAAAAUAACUAAACAAUAAAUUGUGGCUCUUGAUUAUCAUGAAAAUGAUUUAACUCUAUUAGAAUAUGAUGGUACAGUCACAUUAAUGGUUAAUGAAGAAUAAAUAAUUUAAUUUAACAUUUUGAAGUACAUUUUUAUAUUAUUAUUUAAAAAGGGUUGUGUAAAUACCUUAAGAGUUAGUAAAACAUAAGUAUUUAUUUGACAUGGGCUAUCCAUAUUAUAUUAAAAAAAGAGAAAAGAGAAUUGUAAUUUCCCAUGACUUAGGACUGCUCUCCUUUACUUUAUAAAUGUGAAU